GUCGCUACGUUAUUAGGCUGUUCCUCCAUGAUGCGCUGCUUCAUCAUCUUAUCCGUGAUUGCCUCUUCCCUCUUUCUCCAUGGCGGGGCUCGCAUCGCCUCUCCUUCGAAGUUAUCUUCCGUCCCUACCCCUGAUUUAUCGCCCUUUCCUUUACCUGACCUGUCCUCCCUCCCUUCCCCUGACCUAUCUUCCGUCCUUUCCCCUGACCUGUCCUCCCUCCCUUCCCCUGACCUAUCUUCCGUCCUUUCCCCUGACCUACCCUCCCUCUCUUUACCUGACCUAACUGACCUUCCUUCCCCCACUUUACCCCCCCUCCAAAUCCCGAACCUACCCCCUCUCACCUUGCCUGGCCUGCCGACCCUCUUCUUCGCCGACCUGCCUCUCGACGACUUGCCAGCGAUCUCCGCCGACACCUGGAUCAUGGAGGACACGGGCGCCGGGGCUCUUGCAGGUCCCCUCGGCGGCCUGCUGAUCGGGGGCCUCAUCGCGAUCAAUGUGGGAGCGAUCGCCGGCUAUAUCGUCGACAAAUCUGGCGUUCUCAGCAGGAAGGAGAGGCAAGCAGGACCUGUCUCACAGUUGGCGGAGACUGAAUCCUACAUCCUAUCCACCGUCAGUCAGAUAGACACUCACGGUUGUAUCCUGAAGCUGCUGUGUCUGCUGGAAUCAGAGGAAACACUCACGAAGGAGGAAAGCCUCUUCGUGACUUUCCUCUCGAACAAAAUGCCUCUUUUCUCCCAGGAGGCAAAUGCAACGGCGCUCAUUUCCGAGGAACAAGACUCCGAUCGACCUCACAGCAAGGAGGAAUGCAACACGCUUUUUAGCAACUGUCCUGUUGGGGGCCAGUUGCUCAGACGUCUUCUCGGUGUCGUUUGGGGUUUCGGCUUCACCUCGCUUUAAGUUCCGAACGCCAUUAUCCUACAUCAACAUGGACCAAAGAUUAACCCUCUGAUGCCUUCCGAGGUCAGUCCUUAUAUCAUAAUGGGACUUUGGGUUCACUUCCAUAUUGAUGGGUGUUGCUAAAAUAGUUCUUUUCGUUGACCCUGUGAAAAAAGAGAGUUCCGUUUUUCCUAUUUCGGCAUUCCUUUGCUCCGGGGUCAUGUGGGGAAUACUAUUGCAUUAUCAUGUAAUACACUUUGUAAGAUGUACUGAGACUAUUUAUUGCCGUAUUUAUUUAUUUAUUUAUUCCCACCUCUGUAUAAUAGUAUGUCUUAAAAAGCUUUACCCUACAUUGUACUAACCCCUCGGGCUGGUCACUCUAGACACAUUGCUGUAAGAGGAAUACAUUAACUAUGAUGACUGUGACAUAAAAAAAAAAACUCAGACUAUUUAAUUGAUCUCUCUCCUGACGUCAUUUUCUAUGAUACAGUCUGUUAUUUAUGUAAUGUUAAUUGAUAUUACAGUACAAUGAUAUUGUUGAUUGUUCAUGUGUCUGCUGGCUGCGUGCUACUUUAUAGAGAUGCUUCUGUUGGAUUGAAUAUUGAAUGUUUGUGUAACAUCUGUCGGAAGUUUUUUCUUCCAGAAUGAGUGGCAUAACAUUUCUUGGUUUAGCAUGUUAUAUUCUCAAGAAUAAAGCAAGUAAGAUCA